UAGUUGUAUUUAUGAAACCGCGGGGAAAGUUAGGAAACUGCCAAUCCACAAAGUUCAAUCAUUUCAAUUUGAUAUACAUGAUGUCCUGGCGUUAUUUCCCUUUUGGAUAGAGCGCCAAUAUUCAACGACCCAGAGUAUUUAAGAUCAUUGUGGAAAGGAAUGGUUUUAUUAUGGUUUUUUGUUGAGAAUGGACAUCGUUGAAGCCACCAACUGAAAGCUGGAUCAUGUCGAAUCAAUUUAUCUUCGCCCUUCUGUUCACCGGAGCAGCUGCAAUAGCGCAUAAUGAAUUCUCGGACAGAAACUCUUCAAGGAACAGCGUUCAGCCAAGCCCCACGGAAACCAGGACGGAGGAAAUAACAGACCAAACCAAAGGAGAACACUUCAAUAUUUUUUUGGCUAUUGGUUGUGCGGUAGCGUCUGCUUUUGCGGUUUUAUUUAUCGUUGUCUUUCUUGUUUUUCGUUACAAACGACGUCACAAGAAGCUGUUGUCUUUGAAAACAAAUAUAAACCAACCUCCUUGCAAACCACAGUAUACUCCAGUCCCGGUGCAACCGCAUCUUAAACCUAACAAGUAUGCGAUAGCCGAGUUAGAAGAAGAACCAGAUACUAUAUCGGGAUACAGUGCGCCCGAUUCAUUGAUGAACGGAGUUCAGGUACCAGGUCUAGAGCCAGAGGAGCUUCAUAGAAAGACUGUUUCUGUCGGCCCCGAUGGGGAUACUAUUUGCAUCGACGACGUCACACUUACGAUCUGGCCUGGAUGUCUUGCCGCGACUACGGAGAUUUCUUUCAUAAAACAUAAUCACUUUGCUGCCUUUGAAUCUCUACUAGACUUGGGCCUUGUCGAGACCCAACCACAAGUAAUCGAAUUCCUGCCAGAUGGCUUGAAAUUCUUGAAACCAGCGGAUCUUACGAUAAGAUUCGAAAGAACUACCCCCGAUUCCAAAAUGUUUCUUUUGCACGGAUCCCACAACGAUGAUAAUCAGAACGUCGUUUGGGAGCUGGUGACUAAUGAAAUCGAGGAGAACACGGCCGAGAAUGUAGUGAACGCGAAGAUUAGCGGUUUCUCUUUUUGCUGCUAUUUUUCAGCAGUAUCUGAUAUGAUCGGCAGAAUCUUGAGCCAUCUGAAUCACUCGUUUCCCUGUUAUGCUUACGCGUACUAUCGCAGGCGACCUCCAAUGGACAAAAUAGAUAUCUCAGUUGUCCUGGUUAGCUCGUUUAUUGAUAAGAAUAAAGAAAAAAUCAAACUCUUGAAAGAUCAUGAAGAAGAGGGUUACAUUAAGUUUGAUAAAGGAAUGGAGAAAUGUCUUUGCACUGAUCAGCCUCUCGAGAUGUGCCUUGCAGAUUUCCCUGGACUCCAAUCUGGAGCAUAUCAAUUCAAAGUAAAUCAGUGUCAACUGGAUAAGGAUGGCUUUGUAAUUGAUCAGUUCAAGGGUUGUUCUAUAAGAUAUCCCGCAAGUGGAAAUGUAAAUAUUAGUGCAGUUUAUCCAUGUGAAGAACUUCACUCUUUAUGGACGUUGAAUAUUUUUGAGGAGGAACAGGAGUGUAGAGCUACAGAAGUAGUUGUACAAUCCGCUGAACCAGUUUCCGAACUUCAAGUACAAUCCGCUGAACCAGGUCCCGAACCUCGAGUUAUCCGCCGAACCACAAGAUUAUCGAAUGACGAGAUAAAUAGAUUGAGCAAUGUGGUUGGGGUAGAAUGGGACAGCCUCGCUGGGCUCAUGAAUAUCUCGUAUUCCAAACGGGAAGAAAUCAGAUCCAAUAAUACAAGUUACCCGAAUUCUGUUCAGAAAGCUGAAAAAAUAUUAAGGUUUUAUAAUGAUGAGGGGGAUUUCAGCCGCAAUAAUUUGGCAGAGCAUUUUGAUGAGCUGGGACGCAAUGAUUGGAAAAACGAGAUACGGCUGCCCGGAAACGAAAAACAUGAAACUAAAGAAGUGGAAACACCAUCACCAGUAUCAGUAUCAGAGCACAAUGGGUCCGGGGAAGUGGAAACACCACCAUCGCCGCCUGAAAUUAAUGCAAACGAAAGCAUCAAGCCACAAACUGAAACACGACUGUCGUCUCGUGAAAUGUUCAGGCUGAGCAAACGAAUUUCCGCUGACUGGGACCGACUGGCGGGCGAAAUGAGUAUACCCGCAGAAGAACGAGAUGACAUACGAUACAAUGUCAUAUACGCUAACAACCGCUCCAAAGCUGAGAAAAUCUUGUCCAUCUUCAACAAUAGGAAAGAUUUCUCGCGUAAAAAAUUGACGGAUCUCUUGAAGAUUGUGGGGAAGUUGCACUUGAUUUCGCCAGUUCUUAACGGAGAAUGGACAAGGCCGACAAGCGUACGUGACAGUGAUGAAAUUGAUGAAAACACCGGUGGAACACUUUAAAUGAUGCGAUAGACAGCUGUGAUUUGCUUGUAAAACUAAAAGCAAAUAUAACAAUAAAGUCGAUGUUCGCGGGCAUAAAUGUGUUUUUGGCCCGACUCUAAUUAAGCCAAUGGGUAGGAUCAAAAACACAUUUAUGCCCAAGAACAUCAACUGUAUAACUGUUAUAUUAACUUUUAUUAAAGGCGAAGGGUAAACACUUCAGGCAUUUUUCUGAUUGCCUUAGAUCAGCAGGCUAAAAUAUAUUUCAGCCCGGAAAUUUACCAUUUUACUCAGUAAAAUACAACACAAUGCCUGCCAAAGUUAGUAUAAAUACACGUUUAUCGGUGACGAGAACCAGAUAUAUCAUCUUUGGAUGAUAUUUCGCUUAAAAUAUUCAUAAAACCGUAACAUUACUCAUAUCUUAGUGUUCACUGACUGAGAAAAUAAUAGAUUUCUAAAGACAUGAAUAAUUAUAAUAACUCGAAAUUUACGCUACGCCACUGACAUUACUAUGAAAAUUUGCUUAAAAACCUGAACAAGCAUUUUGCGUGACACUCGUGUGAACCGAAUCGCCUAGCGAGUAAACAUUUCCAAAAUUAGCACGUAAACAGAUAUUCAAUCAUGCAUCAUGUUGCGAAAAACAAGCUUUCGGUAUAUUGUUUGCUAACAAAAGUUGUGAAUUACAGUCCCGUUUACAUUACACUCGAUUUAUUG